CCUGAACUACCUGGCACUUACUCCAUCCUUUAUAGUGAUGCUACAGGACAAAGCAGAAUGGAUAAAAAUAUUGGUGAGCAGCUCAAUAAAGCAUAUGAAGCCUUCCGACAGGCAUGCAUGGAGAGAGAUUCUGCAGUAAAAGAGCUACAGCAAAAGACUGAGAAUUAUGAGCAGAGAAUACGUGAGCAACAGGAACAGCUGUUACUUCAACAAACUCUCAUUGACAAGCUACAAUCACAGUUACUUCUUGUCAAUUACAGUCAAGAUAACAGUUAUGGCUGUAUUCCCUUGCUUGAAGACAGUGAACCAAGGAAGAAUUUGACUCUUGAUCAACUACAUGAUACAGUUUUGAAACCAGGAACAUCAAGAGAUAAACACUCAAAGGUAGACUUUGCUUCAGGUUUCUUCUCUGAAGAAAAUUAGGUUCCACAGACUUAUAGAACUCAGUGUGCUGUCACAGUAUGAGUAAGCAAGUCAUGGACAGAAGAUAGGCAAGAUUCUUUUAAACUCUAUCAUUGCUUCUGCAAAAAUCAGCAU